GCUGGUUGAUUGAUCGAUCACAAUCUUUCUUUUUCUCUACGUAAUUCCUAGCAAGAGGCUAAUCUGCCAACAUGCCGAAGGUGGUCUGUAGUAAAACCUUUGUGACGCCCCGUCGUCCAUUCGAGAAGGAACGCCUUGACCAGGAGUUGAAGCUCAUCGGCGAGUAUGGACUCCGUAACAAGCGUGAGGUGUGGCGUGUCAAGUACACCCUAGCCAAGAUCAGGAAGGCUGCCAGAGAUCUGCUCACCAGGGAGGAGAAAGACCCCAAGAGGUUGUUCGAAGGUAACUCCUUGUUGCGUCGUCUGGUGCGUAUCGGUGUGCUGGAUGAGAGCAAGAUGAAGCUGGAUUACGUGCUGGGUCUGCGAAUUGAGGACUUCUUGGAGCGCCGCCUCCAGACCCAAGUCUUCAAGCUUGGACUCGCCAAGAGCAUCCAUCAUGCUCGUGUGCUCAUCCGUCAGCGUCACAUCCGUGUCCGCAAGCAGGUUGUGAACAUCCCCUCGUACAUCGUUCGUCUGGACUCCCAGAAGCACAUUGACUUCUCCCUUCGCUCGCCAUACGGUGGUGGACGCCCUGGACGUGUCAAGCGCCAGAACAUGAAGAAGGGCACCAGCGGUGGUGGUGGAGGAGGUGAUGAUGAAGAUGAAGAUUAGGAUGGAGACCGGUAGAGCUUCUCGUCUGUCGUGUGAAGAUCGCUGUAGCAAUAAAGAUCCUGCCAAAUUGUGAACAUUUACCACUCUUUGAACGAUAGGUGUUAAAGCCUCUUGAUGGACAGCUUUACAGAUGGAAGUUUUACCAACAUCGCAUUUCAAUUGGAAUUGAGAGCAAAUAAAGAUCUUGCUGAUUCUGCA